CUCUAGCUUCUCUUAGAGUGCACUCCCUUUACAAAGCGUCUGUUCAGUUAUUGUAAAUAACUGUGAAUAAAUAAGUAUCGCGUGUAACUUGUGCUGUUGUUCGUUUUUAAGUAUUAUAUUUUUGAUUUUGGUAAGUAUCAGUCGGUAUGUUUUUAUCUAAUUUCUCGAAGAAUUUAUAUAAACAGCUUGGAAACUUGACACUACGUUCGUACUUAUCCGUACUCCAACUGCGUGUCCGUACUCAAUAUAACUCGAAUGCAAAGUUAUUAUUCUUGAAAUUGUGAUUGAGUCCACCAAAUUGUGAAAUGAUAUGAACAGUUAUUGGUAAUUUUAUGUUUUUAAUAAUGAGAGAUAAAAAUCGCCUAAAAACCUUCAGGAUGUGCUUUUAAAAGUGUUGUUUAUUUCCGGGCCCUGGAUACGGAUAUUUAAAACAUGUUUACCGUUUCCAAGAACAACUGGAAUGGUAAAUAAAAAAUGUACCGGAAUCGUCAAGUCAUCACGUAUGAAAACAAUACAUAAAUCGUCGUGAAAUAUAUUUUUAUGCAAGAAUAGCGACAAUACACGUUUGUUUUGUGUAUUAACGUCUGCAGAAGCCCUUGGGAUAUGUUUGUGACCUCGACCUUCGGUCUCGGUCACAAACAACCCCGCGGGCUUCUGCAGACGUUAAUACACAAAAAACAUGUAUUAUCCCUACAAUAAUUCACUGUUUUCUUCCUUCUUUGUUUAAUAUGAAAAUGAACCGGAUCGUGUUAGAAUCCCCGUUAAGUUACACUGGUACCGGGAACGUCAAUAUUUUUCCAUACACGCCUGAAUUUCAUACUCGGGUGCAUGACGUAGGCCUAAUUCAGUGUGUGUUGUUGCACUAUUUUUUUCUAUUUAGUUCACAAUUGUCAAUCCUAUUCAGGCUAUUGAACAUAUUUAUGAUAUUUACAUAAUAUUUAUACAUGUAUGUGCGUAUGUAAUAAAAAGGUCGUUCUUCAGUGGAAGAAUAUUGCGCUCCUAAAGUCGCGCAAUAUUUCCGCUGAAGAACUCGUGCAUAUUUCCCGAUACAAAGCUCAUAACCUAUAAAUAUACCAUAGUUGUCGUUGAACAUCACAAUACAGUCAUUAGGCAACACUUCAGAAGACAGGGAUACCAACACUUUCAGGUCUAUAUUCAGACAGUUGUGGCGCUCCGUAUACAUAUAAAAUGUAUGACUAAUGUACAUUUACAUGCAGAGUUUCUCAGGGGAAAUAUACCGCACAUGUUUCGGCAGAUGCAGGACAUAUUGUAAUUUGUUGUCAGCUAAUAUUCCAUUGAAGAAGAAGAGAGAUGGAAGAGAAAAAUCAGCCACAGUUUUGUCAUUUGGGAAUUCUCCAUGCGGUCAUCAUUAUCAUUGCAACAUUAGUAUGGUAUCUGCACAGGAAGUUGAGAAGGAAUUCCGCUCCAAAUAGUGUCAGGUCCAGAAAAUCCGGAUGGGAAAUAUCGAAAAACCUACAAUUUUCUGAGAUAGGAGUGAACUUCAACAAAUGGAGACGACCAGUAAGCAUUUGGGGUCGAGAUGAUGAAGAUCUGAAGCUAUGUCAAGAGUUUAGAUCCAUUGAUAUAGGAAAGAAAGAAUGGGAUCGUGCAACAAGAACUGUGGAUGCUGUGCUGUCCAUGUUGUUGUGCGAGAUGCAGAAAAUAGCGCGCAGAGAGUACAAAGAUUUGGUCAUUGAAAAAUAUGUAAAACAAGGUAGUAGUCGAGAAGGCCUAAAAGUAAACAAGGCAGAUGAGUUUGACGUUUUGUUGUUGUUUUACAUAACGGGAAUGCAUUUAGAGAUAAAACACCUUACUGAUGCAAACGACUUCAUCUUACCAGAGUUUGGCCGCCUCGUAGUUGCAGACGACAUUAGAAACCCAUGGCUGAAUAAUUACAUCGUUAUAGAUGAAGUUUUGGGAAAAUAUUGUUUAAAUUCUAGAAAACUGCACGAGAAAUUGUUUAUUUCCAUCAUUCAAAGGGCUGCACAUGAAUUGCAGCAAACAGUGGUCAAAGAAAGCAAAGAUGAUUCGUUUCGUUUUACCAUCGAAAAAUUUCGAAAAAAUCCACCUUCUGUGAAUAUUCAAAUCGAGCUUUCGCAUAAGGAUGAGAAUUGUCCUUACGAUGAACAUCUGACAGAGAUUAAGGCCAGUAACUAUGGUUUCACACCCGAAUCAGCACGGAUACCUAUAUUUUUUAGGACGUUAAUCGACGUUGAUAUAGUACCAGGGAUACAGUUACGAACUGAACAGGUACCGAACCCAACAGAUUGGGACGGGACAAUGGAAUGCCCAAGAUACGCUGUUUUCAGGUGGGUUGAGCAAAACCAGCCAGCUGCCGCAUAUUAUAAAUAUGCACCGGAAAUCCGUUGGCGAGUAUGUACUUCUGGUUAUGAAAAACACGUGGUAGAUGUAACACGCGGUUCAAAAGAACAAAGUUAUAUCGUUACUGCUUUGCGAAUCAUGAAAUCGGAAUUUCAGGGCUUAAGAGGUCUUUUGGAGCCGCCUCAACUUGUUACAGUUCUGCGAUCCUACUAUCUAAAACACAUUGCCUUUUACUGCAUAUUGUAUCUGACUGUAAUAAAUAAGGUCGGCUUAUUGGGUGUCAAGCAGGCGCUUGCAUAUUAUCUGGACUUUCUUCAAGUUGUUUUGGAAGAAAAACGACUUCCUCACUUUUUCCAUGAUAACGAAUUCAUAGUAUACAUGUUCCCUACAUACGAAAUGAGUAGGAAUACUCUGAGGUAUGAUUUAUUUACUGGCAAGCCGAAGGAAUUUUUGGAACAAGCAGAACUGUCUUUUAAAAGGCUCAGACUAAAACAGAAAUUAUGCGAAGACGCGUCCACUUUCCCUGAAUAUGCAAAAAUAUUUAGAAGAUACAUACAAGCUGGAAAAUAUUACACUGGACCCUGCAGGCCUCAUAAAAUUGUAUAGACCUUGUACGUUACUGCAUGAAUGACAUUGGUGCUGCACCUUAAAAUGUUCAGUUGCUGGGAAGUGAUGUAAAAAAGGUUGGAUCCAUUUUAAGUGAACUGUGAAAUGAAAAUCAUACUAGCAUCAUAACCUUGUUUCUAUUGGAAAAAAGUAAAGUUAAUGAAAUCAGAA